AUGACGGUAAAAGAAGAAGAUUUGUUCCUUGGUCUGGAUCUCAGCACACAGCAGCUGAAAGGUGUUGUGAUCAAUGGAAAAGGUGAAGUGGUACUUACUCAUGCUAUCAACUUCACCAAGGAUCUCUCCGAGUUCAAAGCAGAGGAUGGAUCCAUUAAGCAAAAGGAUGGCUCCAUUGUUGCUCCUGUGCUGAUGUGGGUGAAGGCCGUAGACCUUCUCCUCGACCAGCUUGAAUCCAAAGUCGAACUGAACAACAUCCGUUGUAUCGGAGCUGGUGCGCAGCAACAUGGGACAGUUUAUUGGGCGAAAGGCGCUGCUGAGAAGCUGAAGAACCUUUCUCCCGAUGUUUCGCUUCAUGAAGGCCUAGGAGAAUCAGCCUUUGCACUAAUGUUAACUCCCAUAUGGAUGGAUUCCACAACAGAAGAACAAUGUUUAGCUAUGGAAAAAGCUGUCGGUGGUAAAAAAAAUAUGGCUCAAAUCACUGGAUCAAGAUGUCACCAUCGAUUCAGUGGUCCACAGAUCAAAAAAGUUCUGGAAACGAAGAGAGAUGCAUGGGACAAAUGUGAAAGAAUUUCCGUGGUGUCCUCUUUUGCCUGCUCUCUUUUUCUGGGCCAAUAUGCUCCGAUUGAAGUCACGGAGGGAGGUGGAAUGAAUCUUAUGGAUUUGAAGGCUCAGAAAUGGAGCGAAGAAUGUCUGGCUGCUGUGGAUGGCGGCGAUGAGGAGCAUACAAAGCUCAGAGAAAAAUUGGGUACCAUAGUCGAUUGCUCAGUACCAUUGGGUACUGUAUCUAAUUAUAUGGUAAAACGACAUGGAUUUAACGAAAAAUGCAAAGUCCUACCUUUUUUGGGAGACAAUCCGGCUUCACUCGCCGGGUUGAACUUGGGCAAAGCUGAUGUUGCUAUAUCGCUUGGUACCAGCGACACUGUGUUUUUCAGUACUGCUGAGUACAAGCCAAACGUCGAUACAAUUCUCUUUAGUCAUUUUUCCGGCAAAAAGGAUGUCUACAUGGCAGUUGCAUGUUUCAAGAAUGGUUCCUUGACACGUGAAAGAAUUCGACAGCAACUCAGUUGUGAAUGGGAGGAUUUCAGCAAACUUGUAUCAAAAACUAAGCCCGGAAAUGAUGGACACAUCGGACUUUAUUUCGACGAGGACGAGAUUGCUCCUCGAGUGUACAAAGGCGAUUUUAGGUUUGUAAAAAAGAAUGGCAAGUACGAGAAGGUGAAGGAAUUCAGCCCAGAGAUUGAAGCUCGAGCACUUCUUGAAGGACAAUCGCUUUUGAAGCUCUACUUUGCCAAAUCAAUGGGUUUUGAGUCGACACACGGGCCUUCGAAGAGUAAAAACAGUCGUCUCUUCGUGACUGGAGGUGCGUCGAAUAAUCCGGACCUACAGCAAAUGCUUUCGGAUAUGUUUGAUAUGGAUCUGUACAUCAUUGACGUUCCUGAUUCCCCUCCUUUGGGUGGAGCGAGACUGGCUAGAUACGCUUACUAUUCCCCUAAGGAAUCAUACAGCGAUUAUUAUAAAGACACCAGCAUAGAGAAGAAAGCGUCGCCGGAUCCGAAGAAAUCGCAGCUCUACAAGGAAAUGCUUCCAGAGCUGGAGGAAAUCUUUAAACUCCUGCCUGAAAAACCAUGAAAAUGGCUGCAAAAUGUUAUUAUCUUAAUUAUUGUUUCCGUA